UGGUCGUAAAAUAUCCGAAGUCGGACCUAUGACUGACGAAAGAAAGCACCUCGUGGUCGCACAGCCGCCACGGACGCCAUCACGCAAACCCCCGGUCCGCGAGGGUCAUUACGGAGUCAAGUGCCUUCUCGUUGGCUUGAGUGUAGUCUCUGUGGUUGUGAUCUGUAUUGCGGUACGGUUCCUCCCACUCCCGGCGUCGCCAGGCCAGCCCGGCGUUCCGUCCUUCCAUCGGUUGAUCACGGCCAACCCCAUAGUCGGCAUCCUUUCGCAGCCGUCGACGACGCAUCCUGAAUAUGAAUUCAUUGCGUCGUCGUAUGUCAAGUGGGUGGAGAGCGCCGGCGGACGAGCCGUGCGCAUCCCAUUCAACGCAUCCAACGACACCAUUGCCGAUCUCCUUGGCUCUGUGAAUGGGGUUCUCUUUCCAAGCGGAGACGCCGAUCCCAACCGAGUGGCGGCAUUCAUCUACCGCCACGCCAAGGAAUUGAAUCGGAAUGGCACGCACUUUCCGUUGUGGGGCACUGGCUUGGGGAUGCAAUGGUUGUUCCAGCUAGAAUCCCCAACCACGACCCUCUUGGACGAUCUAGACGCCGACAAGAUGAGCUCCACGCUGGAAUUCAUUCAUGGGUCAAGAAGCAGCAGUAGGCUGUUUGGGUUUAGCGCCGUAUUCGAUGUCAUGGCAGGUCAACCGAUUGCAGACUACGUCGACACGCUCGGCAUGCUGGUCGAUCACUUGUAUGCGACACCAUCGCUCGCGUCGUUCUUUCGCCCGCUGGCGACUUCGGUGGACCGACAAGGUCGCGAGUUUGUGGCUGCGGUUGAAGCGGUCGAGUUUCCGUUCUUCGGGGUGCAAUUCCACCCAGAACGAAACGCGUACGAGUUUGGCCAAGAGGCUGUGGACCACACGUACAACGCCAUCGUAACUUCACAGGCUCUGUCGCAUGUAUUCGUGAACGAAGCCAGGCGCAACGACCAUCGAUUCGCUACCUCGUUGGUUGAAAGGACAGCGUUGCUAUACAAUCGCAAAGCGUCCGAUGUGGCGUACCCCAUGUUUGAAGAAGUACUCCUUUUCAACGCAACGUUGGAUUAGUGUGUACGGUAAUAAUAAUAAUAUAACGUGGUGUUGGUUGUUGCA